AUGCCGGGUCCUUUCGCCUCCAAGUCCUUUGCCGCCACUCUUCCCAACUCUCUAGCCGCCAGAUACCGCAAAGCUUUACAUAAACACCCUUUCCUACUCUUUGGCUUGCCCUUUAUCAGCACCAUUGUGGCAGGGAGCUUCAUGCUCACGCCGGCGACGGCGUUGCGAUACGAACGCUAUGAUCGCAAGAACCAACAGAUUACACAGGAAGAGGCCAUGGGCCUACGAGGCGAGAGACGGAAAGUGAACAUGAAGGAUGAAUAUUAUAGAUUACAAGCAAAAGACCUCGAAGACUGGGAACAGAGGCGAGUCAAGAGGUUACCGGGUGAGCCUGAUGGCACGCUUGUAUGA